UCCCGCCUGACCCUCCUCCCUCUACCACCACUACCACCACAAUGCUGUGCUGGGGCAAUGCCAUGAGCGGCCAGUUGGGCAUCGGCGAGGAGCAGAGCCCUGUGUGCGAGCCCAGGGACAGCCAGGCCUUCGGUGGGAAGGGGCCUCAAGAGGUGGCCUGCGGGGGUGAACACUCCCUGUUCCUGCUGCAGGACGGCAGGGUGUUCACCUGUGGCUCCAAUAGCUCUGGGCAACUGGGACACGACAAGCUGGGCGCCUCGCCAGAGCCGGUGCAGACGCUGGAUACCCAGAAGAUAACGGGGGUGUCGUGUGGCCGGGACCACUCAGUGGCACUGAACGCCCAGGGCCAGGUGUUCUCCUGGGGGGCCGGGGCCGGGGGCCAGCUGGGCCUGGGUACCGCUGAGGAGGCCGUUCGCAUCCCCAGGUUGAUCAGGAAACUAUGCGAGCACCGCAUCUCGCAAAUCAUGUGCGGUAACCAGCAUUGCAUCGCUCUUUCCAGAGACGGCCAGUUGUUUACGUGGGGUCAGAACACCAACGGUCAGCUGGGCCUAGGGAAGGGGGAGCCCAGCUCGCUCACCCCUCAGCCCCUGAAGUCUCUGGCGGGUAUCCCCUUAGCACAGAUCAGCGCCGGAGGGGACCACAGCUUUGCCCUGUCACUGUCCGGGGCGGUGUUUGGCUGGGGCAAGAACAGCGCCGGCCAGCUGGGCCUCAACGACGAACAAGACCGGGCUGUCCCAUGCCACAUCAAGGUCCUCAGAUCCCAGAAGGUGGUCUACAUCAGCUGUGGAGACGAACACACUGCUGCCCUGACCAAGGACGGCGGCUUGUUUACGUUUGGGGAGGGCUCCAGAGGUCAGCUGGGCCACGACUCGGUCCACAACGAGCCGCUGCCCAGAAGGGUGCUGGAGCUGAUGGGCAGCGAGGUGUCGCAGAUCGCAUGCGGCAGGUGCCACACCCUAGCCUACGUGCCCUCCUCUGGGAUGGUGUAUGCGUUUGGCUGCAACAUGCACGGACAGCUGGGCACGGGCACGCAGCAGGACGCCCGAAGCCCCGCCCCCCUCCAGAGAAGCCUUCUCAUUGGACGAUCCAACAGAACAGAAUCAGAACAUUGUUCUAUCACUAAAAUCAACUGUGGAGGAGAUCAUAACUUCAUACUCUACUCAGAUGAACAGCCUCUGUAUGCUCAGCACCCAGUCCUCUCACAAGACUUCCGGGUGCUCGACGUCUCCAGAGGCAUCUCUCAGAUCAACAGUGACAGCUUGAACACGUGGAGGAUGAAACUCACUGACAACACAGACUCCACGCUCACCAAUGACAUCAUCCUUCUGUUCUCGUCCACGGCCUGUUGGAACGCUAGCUUCCUGGACCAGAGUGACGACGGACACUUCAAGACCAACCCCAAGGCCCCCGGGAUCGACCUGGGCUCGGUCAGGUCUCUGUUCCAGACGCUCGGCACGCCGCCCUACUCCGGCCUCCUGCAGCAGGCCACCAAGAGCCUGGAGAGCCUGCUCAUCCCCCAGCUGCCCAGCUCCCCUCCGGACGUGGAGGCCAUGAGGAUCUACCUGAUCCUCUCAGAGUGCCCCGCCCUGCAGGACACCAGCAACUACAUCAGCCUCAGCAUCCCCCUGGCCAUGGCCAUCCUCAGGCUGGACCCCAACCCCAGCAAAGUCCUGGAUAACUGGUGGUGCUUGCUGGACGACGGGGUGUUCGCCCGGCUGGUGGACACCUACAAGAGCAUCGUGGUGUACCUGCUGACGGGCGGCAAGACCCUGCUCAUCCCCGUCUUCCACGAGAGCUACAUCAGCGCCACGCUAAAGCUGCUGGACAAACUGCACAAGGUGAACCUCAAGGCCCAGCAUGUGGACUACAACCGCUUCUACAUCCCAGACGUCACCACGCUGGUGGACAUCCAGGAGGACUACCUCAAGUGGUUCCUGAGCAAGGCCGAGACCAAAAAGAAAACACCAUCGAUUCAGAGCUCGGUGACCCUGUGUGCCUACCCGUUCAUCCUCAACGCCCAAGCCAAGACCACCAUGCUGCAGACGGAUGCUGAGCUACAAAUGCAGAUGGCGGUGAGCGGGGCGAACCUCCAGAACGUCUUCAUGCUGAUCACCCUGGAGCCACUCCUGGCUAGGAACCCUUUCCUCGUGCUGCACGUGCGCAGGGACCACUUAGUCAGCGACGCGCUGCGCGAGCUCACCAUCUACUCAGACGUGGACCUCAAGAAACCCCUCAAGGUGAUCUUUGACGGAGAGGAGGCAGUGGACGCGGGCGGGGUGACCAAGGAAUUCUUCCUCCUGCUCCUGAAGGAGCUGAUGGAUCCUGUGUACGGGAUGUUCACCCACUACCCGGAGUCCAACCUGCUCUGGUUCUCCGACAAGUGUUUCGUGGAGCACAACUGGUUCCACCUGAUCGGGAUCAUCUGUGGCCUGGCCAUCUAUAACUCCACCGUGGUGGACCUCCACUUCCCCCUGGUGCUGUACAAGAAGCUCCUGGCCGUGCCCCCCAGCCUGGACGACCUGAAGGAACUCUCCCCCACCGAGGGCAGGAGUCUGCAGCAGCUGCUGGACCACGACGGAGACGAUGUGGAGGAGGUGUUCUGCCUCAACUUCGCUAUCACCAGGGAGAACUACGGGCUGACGGAGGUGAUGGAGCUCAUCCCUGGAGGGGAAGACAUCUCUGUGGACCGGAGCAACAGGAAGGAGUUUGUGGAAGCCUACCUGUGCUACGUGUUCAGUGGCUCGGUCAGCGAGCUGUACUCUGCCUUCUCUGCGGGCUUCCUGAAGGUGUGCGGGGGGAACAUCCUGUCCCUCUUCCAGCCCACAGAGCUCAUGGCCAUGGUUGUGGGCAACGACAACUACAACUGGGAGGAGAUGGAGAAGAAUGCGGUGUAUAAGGGGGAGUAUUCAGCCACCCACCCUACAGUCAGGAUAUUCUGGGAGGUCUUCCAUGACUUCCCUCUGGAAAAGAAGAAGCAGUUUCUGUUGUUCCUGACGGGCAGCGACCGCAUCCCCAUCCACGGCAUGGCCAGCCUGCGCAUCGCGCUGCAGUCCACCACGGCCCAGCAGCACUACCUGCCCGUGGCGCACACCUGCUACAACCUGCUGGACCUGCCCCAGUACCUCACCAAAGACACCCUGCGGCGCCGCCUCACCCAGGCCAUCGAGCAGUACGAGGGCUUCAGCCUGGUGUGACCGGGGGAUGGGGAUGGGGAAGGGCCCCGGGACUGUGU